AAGGUUCCUGGCUUCAUUCUUCGCCGUUUCAAUCACAGAAUCACUAAAAAUUAGACUUGAGUCUUACGUUUCAAUUUAAACGCCGCUGACUCGCCUCCAGUUUCUUUCCCAUUUAUUUUCCCGGGAAAGUUUCUGUUUGGCUGCCCAGAAAAUCUGUGCUCCACUCAGAAACAUUCACAAAACGGGUUUUCGAGGCGAGCGAGUGGGUCCGCAUCGGAGUCCCAAAACACACACACUUCUGCCAAUUUAUGAGCACGAGAUCCCGUAAUUCGAUACAGGAGUAGGGGUUUCGUGUAUGUAUGUAUGUAUGUAUGGAUCCUGCUCUCAAGCUCUGCGUCUUGUUACUCAUUCUUCUCGGAUUAGUGAAUGGUUCUUUUGCGGAAAAUGAUUAUGGACGCUGCGAAAGCGUUGUUAAGAGUUGGGCGCGUUCUUCGCUCGAUGAGGAAAUGACAAAAGAUGAUAAGCACACAUUAAGAGAUUUGCUGUUUUUUCUGCAUGUUCCUAGAACGGGAGGGAGAACCUAUUUUCACUGUUUUUUGAAGAAAUUGUAUCCCAGCUAUCUGGAGUGUCCUCGCUCGUAUGAUAAGUUGCGCUUUGAUCCAAGUAAACCAAAAUGCAGGCUGUUAGUUACACAUGAUGACUAUAGUAUAACGUCCAAACUUCCAAGGGAGAGAACUUCUGUUGUUACCAUACUUAGGGAUCCAGUUGACCGUGUUUUUAGUACUUAUGAAUUCUCAAUAGAGGUUGCAGCUAGAUUUUUGGUGCAUCCAAACUUGACGUCCGCAACAAAGAUGGCUUUACGCCUAAGCUCUAAGACUAAAGGAGUAAGCACACUGGAUAUCUGGCCUUGGAAGUAUCUGGUUCCAUGGAUGAGGGAAGACCUAUUUGCUAGGAGAGAAGCUAGGUACAGUAGGGGACUGAAUAUCAUUGAAAGCAAUGAUUCUUAUGACAUGGAAGAUUUUGCAAUGCCAUUACAAGAAUACAUCAAUGAUCCUGUGGCUGUGGAUGUUGUACAUAAUGGAGCCACAUUCCAGGUUGCAGGUUUGACAAACAAUUCUUAUAUAGCAGAAGCACAUGAAGUGCGCCAUUGUGUACAGAAAUAUAAGACUCUUGGUAAAUAUGUGCUACAAGUUGCAAAGAAGAGACUGGAUGAGAUGUUAUAUGUUGGUCUUACUGAGGAGCACAGAAAAUCUGCCACAAUGUUUGCAAAUGUGGUUGGUGCUCAAGUGAUAUCACAACUUAAUGCACCAAACACUAGCCUGGAAACUACUGAUAAGACAGAAAGGAGUUCAUUUACGGAUAAUGAUCCCGAUAGCAGUGAACAUCAGAAUAGUACCUUGGACAGAGGAGAAAGUGCGGUUACUUCAAGUGAAGGGGGAGAAGCAACAGAAUUUAAUAUGACUGUUGGAGAACUAAUGGAUGCUUAUGAAGUCUGCAUUUCCAAUUUACGUAAGGCCCAGUCACGCCGACGCAUCUCUUCUUUGAAGAGGAUUUCUCCAGUGAACUUUACAAAGGAGGCACGUCUUCAGGUUCCUGAAGAGAUUCUCCACAAGAUACGGUCUCUUAAUGACCUUGACUUACAGCUCUAUGAAUAUGCAAAAGCCAUUUUCAAUAAACAACAUAAAACCUCAUUGCUGAUUACUGAGGAGAGUUGGGACAACAUAUCAGGCAGUGCAUAUGGCCUCUGGAGGGUCGUUACGCUAGCAAUUACUUGUGUCUUCUUCAUUUUCUUAUUCUUACUAAUUGUAAAUGUGAGAAGAAGAACGUCCAAAGUUAAGAAGUGAAAGUAAUUAAAUCAUAAUAUGUGGGAUCACAGAGUCUAAAAGAUUUUAGAGAACAGAUAUUUUAGACAAAGCCAUGGUUUGAAUUGAACCAUCGAUAUUCUCAUCCCCGGUCGUAUAGCUUAUACAGUUAAACUGGAUUUUGUUCUAAGUUUUGUCCAUUGAUGAGAAUCCCAGUUCUUGAUUUCUGUUAGGCGUUUCCUUUUUACUUUUAUUUUCAUUUUUGUCCACUAUUCUUUUUCAUUUGACGACAUUCAGCUGGUUAUGGGGGUUAACUCUGCAA